UAGGGUGUAUAAAUAGCAACAGCAGUUUGCUACUACGCGACUACGCUACACUACACGUCUACACUGGAUGUUCUUGGACUCGGAGCACGACCACAUGCACGAUCAUCAUCAUGCAUUGUUUGGUACGACGAAACAGGGCAAUGGAUAACUACGCGACGCAGGGCUUAGGUGGGUGGUAAAUGCAGCGAAACAAAUAAAACAAAAAUCGAACGAACAACCUCCAAGCAAACAGAUGGGAAGCGUGUAACGCACGCAGUCCGAUGCUGGUGAAACCGGUUCAAGAUCAUUCCCACAUCGCACACCACACAGCAAGUGGUCAGAGCUGUGUGUUUAGCAGGGGAUGGUUCAGUUUGCACAACGGAUGCACCAACAAGACAAAAACGCAAGAUAAUGUACCGCAUGUACCGCGGUCGCGCGCUUGUCACACACCUUUUGUCCAAGUGCAAGUGCCGCCGCAGCGCGCCAACAAGGAAGUGAUGUGGGUUCGCGAACAUCUUUAGGAUUAAAAGUUCUUUUUUAUCCUCUCAUCGCCAUCAUUUUGUUCUUUCUUCACCUCGCGGCCAGGGGUGCCACAUCCGAUCGUGAUCUUCACCCGCCGGUUGGUGGUGGUUUUUGUUGAUGUUUUGCUUGUUUUGCUCCAACAAGCGCCAUGACACUGAGACAGAUUUUUCUUUCAUUCUCUCCCGUGCGUGACACGGGACGAUUAACUGAAGCCGCUUGUGUACAAACAAUGGGCCGAUCGGUGGUCGUAUGAUAUUGCAAUAAACAAUAAACAGUGCCUGUCUGUCAUCUGGUCUGUUGUUUCUGGUGAAAGCGAUCGUGCAUCACCCAGGGAGGGUUGGAAAUGCAUCACAGACGGUGUUGUUUGUUUUAGACUGCUGCUACUGCACUUCUUGUUUUCUGACCAGUCAUCAGCGACUCCAGAGGCGAUUGACUUGUCGAGAGACGUGUGGUCGUGUACUUACAGCUACAAGUUAAUUAGACAGAAGUUCUUGCUGAUGUUUUAAUGUUCUCGGAACGAUUCUUGAAAGCGUAGAGUGCUAAGAUAUUAAGAUCUUUCACUGCUUUCAUCUAGAGAUAAGACGCCAAAUGCAAACAGACGCAAUCGUAACGUCUUCUCAGAAACGGUUUUUGUUGCAGCAACUGCAAACACCUUGAUGCAGGUGUGACAGGCGCACUACCUAAGACAGUAUUAGCUUCUGUAUUGGGGCGUGCAGUUAAGCAAGAAAUUCCCCUUAGCUGCAAGAUGGGGAACCACCAACACGCUCUACUGCCACCGGUUCCACCAAAAGCAAAUCUAACAGCGAUAUCGUGUUUACGAUAGCGAUAACAAUCGCUGCACCACUAUAAGAAAGCCUUUCGUCCACUGCCAAGACCACACUAGUAACCGUGGAACGAUGGCGUCUAGUUCAGUGAAGGUGCCUGUCGUUGUGCUGCUUCUUGCAAUCGCCUGUACCGAAGGAAGUCCCUUUUUCGGCAACAAUUAUGUGCUCCCGCAAGGUGCCCGGCUUGCCAGUUCCGCCACCGCGGUGGUGCGCAAUCUAGACGCCGCCCAGCUGCAGGUUCGUGGACUGAACCCAACGUCUUCAAACUUUCUCAGCGCUGGAGCGGCGGCACUGCGCGAUUACGUCGGCAAUACGACGACCGUGAUGGGGCAGGUGUUCCGCGAGGUGGCACAGGUUGCCGUCGAUCGUACCACGGCACCGGCCGUCGUCUUCACCCGGCUUACGCUGGCCGUCCAGGGUGUGGCACAGUGGAACCGAAACCUAUCCAGUUCGCUCGAGGUGUUGAAGGAGGCGUUUAACUACGAUGUGAAUUCCAACACGGCCAGCUAUCUGGAGAAGUUGCGGAAUGCGUUCGGUCAAAACGUGCAAGAGCUGGCGGAAGUACUCGUGCGGUUGGGUGAUGCGGUCCUCCCGGUUGCUGGACAGCCGCUAAACACACAACAGUUUCUGCAGGUAGUGUCGGCAAAUGGGACACUGCAGCAGCUGCUGGAUGUAGUGGAAUACACUGUGCGAUUAUCAGGCGAGUACUCGACGAGUGUUAGCACCCUGGUGGCAGCAGUUCGUGCUGCCAACGACUUCCAAGCCCGAUCGUAUGCCUUGCUAAGAACAAACCAGGCAUCUAUCAACAUCAACGUUGACCGGUACAAUACUGCAUCAAACACAUCGUUCUACCGCUUUCUGACGGCGGCCGACUCGCUUCUAACACACCUCAAAGACACGAACGAAAGCUUCGUCUUCCGCUGGCCGCUACUGUUUAGCGAGUCCGUGCAUCAGAAGCUAAAUCUGCUCAAUCAUUCGAUCGAUCAUUUGACGGGGAACUUGCUGCAGCGAACGGUAACGGUCGCUCAGAAUCUCGAGCGGACGAGUGCCCUGUUCAAAGAGGGCAAUAACCCACUCAGCUACCUGCGAGAAGAAACCGAUCUGUACACGCGCGUCAUGCUGGACGUACUGAGUGGUGAAAAUUUCUGCGCAACUGGAUUUGUUACGACGUUUAACGCGCUUCCAGCACAGGUGACUUCACGUGUAGCGGCAUGCCUAACCGAGCAGACGAAUCUCGAAAAUCAAGGCUCAUCGCAGCUGGUGUCGCUUGCGAAUAAUUUCCUACGGCCGUACGUUACCGCAGUCUAUGGGCGAUUGAAUAUCUGCUUCCAGCAACCGUUCGAGAGGAUGAGCGAAUGUUUGGAUGAUAUCGUUGCUACCAUUGACUUCAGGGAUAAGUUCUUCCUGCUCGAUCUUGCCAGCCAUCUGUACUUCCAGCAGGUCCAGGAAGAGCUACCACUGUGCAAUGAUCGCGUAUUGCAGUUCGUUAGAAACGCUGGACUCCGUGAAUCUUGUCGGAUCAUGUCUGCCGCCGCCGAUACGUCGACGUAUUAUCCACUAGCGUGAAAUUAAAAAGAUCAACAGGGAAUAGCAUUCGCAAGGCAUAACUUUAUUGAAUGGGGCAAUGUUGAACCACUACUUCUUUGUCCACCGAUUACGAUAGCGCGUUCGUUUCUUGCUGUAGAUGCACAUCUCCUGAAUGUUGUGAUAGUUCAGGAAGUACCCGUUCUGCGCUACACACGCAUUGAAGUUGUGCUGUAUCUCACUAUCCACCAACGAUUCCACCUGUUUCGCCGCAUUAUAGAUUCUUCCAUUAGCCCAAUUGUUUUCGUAACCGUUCUGUAACAAAUUAAAUAAAAACCAAAAUCAAAGCGACAGCUCAACAAAA